AUGGAUGAGACCCUGGAUGACUUCACGCAGCAGGCAGAAGAGCGGGAAGGCUUUGCGGCUGCACGGCUGCGACAGGGCCUGCAGCGCAUCUCCGUCCUGGAGAGCCUAGCCAUAAAAACGGAGGAGGAGAUGGAAGACGUGGAGCCCCAGGAGCUGCGGCUGCGGCUGGCACACCUGGAAAGGGUCUCCCAGCAGCAGCGUGAGGAGGCCGCAGCCAUGCAGGCGGCUCUCGAGCAGGAAAACCGGCAGUUGCGGCGAACUUUGGCCGACAAAGAGGAUGAGCUGGUAAUGGUCGCGAGCAAGGUGGAACAGAAGCAAGCAGCGACGGAAAGUGCGGAGGGUGAGCUUGCUCUGCCUCCCGAUGCACGUCGCCUGGCGGCAGAGGCCGCAGAAGGAGGCCCGGACGACGGCGCCUCUCUCGAGGAAGCAGUUGUGCGGGAUAUCCGCAAGGCCAGGCUAGUCGGUGUGGAGCUGGAAGAGCUUCCAGCAGGCUUGCGUCGCGGCGUGGCCGAGAUGCGCCGCUCACUGACAGCCGCAGUGGAUCGUUUGGCCAAAGACCUCUACGAAUCGCAGGCGCACUUUGUACAGGAGCUUCUCCAGAAUGCUGACGACAACAGCUACGGGGAGUGUGUGCAGCCGCGGAUCAAUCUGGUCCUUAGGGGCAGGCCAGCGGAAGCGUCGGGACAUCCGCCGUAUUUUUUUGCAGCGAACAACGAGAAAGGGCUGACCGAGGCAGAUGUGCGAGCACUCUGCGAUAUUUCCCGGUCUUCCAAGUCCCAGGCGACCGGGACGACUACUGGCUACAAGGGAGUCGGCUGGAAGUCUGUUUUUCGCGUCACCGACGAGCCGCACGUGCUUUCGCAAGGCUGGCGCUUCAAGUUCUCCUCUGCAGGACUGGGCAUGCUCACGCCGCAGUGGCUGGAGGACUCCGAGGUUAGCAAGCUGCCCAGUGAAGUGCGGGAAGCACAUGGCCGAGGAGACACAGUCUUCUACCUGCCUUUGUCCGACCCCAGCAAGUCCGUGCCAAGCAUUCGGACAGAGAUGCAGACCAUCCAGGCAGAUUCGGCUCAGCUGCUCUUCUUGCGCCGCGUCACAGAGAUCAGUUUGAAGGGCGACUGGGCGGCGGAGGAGGAGUCCGAGCAGUUCGCGGAUGCCUGGGCCAGAAUAAUGGUGGCGGGCUCACAAGACCCACGUGCUGCCACCACACGCCAGCGCUUCCAGCAGACGGGCAGCGAGCCCCCAGUACUGCUGGAAGAGACUACGACACGUUUCCAGAUCAGCAGCCACGAAGACGUCCUGGUGGCACUUCCGAAAGUGGAGGAGCCGCCCCCUCAACGUGUCUUCGCUUUUCUUCCUGUGCGAUCAGUGGGCUUUCGCUUUGCCAUCCAGGCACCGUUUCACCUGACGGCAAGCAGAGCCGAUUUGCAUCGCUCCCCGGAGAACCUUCGCCGCCGCAAUGCUGUGGCGCCUGCCUUCAUCAAAGCAUGCCAGGCAAACUCAGAGUUGGCUGCACAGGCCGUGGAGUUUCUGGGUACGGAGCCAGCGGACCAUUUCUGGCUCCCGAUCCGCCAGUCCAUCGUCGAUGCUCUGCAAAAUUUGGCUCCGUGCUCAGUCGCUUCUGGCAGCCACAGCCCUCGAAGUGGCUUCGCGGAACUUCCAUUGACCGCGCCAUGGCAUGCGCGCUGCUCCAUGGACAAAGCAGAUCGUGUAAAGGGUCUGGUGCUGGGCUGCGCUCUGGGCGAUGCCGUGGGCUUGGCCACGGAGUUCAUGACCGCAGCCGAAGCCAAAGCUGCCUACGAGCCGCUCUUGCUGGACCGGAAGGCCAAUGGUCAGCAGCCCUGGCUGAGACCCGGAGAUGCUGUUCAAGAUGGCCAUCGCAGCAAGUGGCGGGCUGGCGACUGGACAGAUGACACGGAUCAGCUGGUCCUGGUUUUGAGGUGUCUACUUCCAGCUGUCGGGGGAGGGUCGCUGCGAUCACCCGAAGCCACGGAGUUUGCAGAGCGGCUGUUGAGCUGGCACCGAGUCGGCUUCCCUGAGCUCGGUGACACAGGCGGCUGCGGCAUGGGGAGGAGCACGGCGCGUGUACUCGACGAGCAGAACUUCCUGACACGACCUGCAGACGCAGCUCGGCGCGCUUGGGACCUUCUGGGUCGAUCUUUGGCUCCGAAUGGUGCCCUGAUGCGGUCAGCAGCCACCGGGUUGCGAGGCUGCGCAUGCGCCGCCGAGGACGCGCGGACGUUUGCAGAAGUGACGCAUGCGGAUCCCAGGUCCACUGCGGCCUGCGUGGCCGUGGCCGAGCUAAUCGCCGCCAUGCUCCAGCAAGAGGAUGGCCAGAUCUCUGGAACAGGCAUUGAGACCAUGUUAUCACAGGCUUGCACCUCCGCAGAGCGGUAUCUACCACACGAGGAUGCCCUCGGCCCGCUUCCUCCUGCAGUGUGGUCUUGCAGCUUCUGCACCUUGGAGAAUCCACCAGACGCCACCACAUGCGAUGCCUGUGGUGCAAGCCGGCCAGAAGAGGGUCAAGGGACGGUGCAUGCUGGUUUCGGCGUGGCCUGGAGCGAGCAGGAUGCGCGCAGCCGGGCUUAUGCACAGGGCCCUGCCUUGAAGGAGCUCCGGGCAGCUAUGCGGGGACAAGAGAUGCCUGUGACCGAUGCUGCUGAUACACUAGGCUACGUGAAUACCUGCCUUGCCGCCGGCCUCGCCACCUUCCGUGGAGCCCUGGAAGCCCCGGGGCGACCGGAGGAGCGGUUCUGCCAAGCUAUCCACUUCUUGACCAUGGCCGCCGGGGAUGCGGACACCAACGCUGCGGUGGCCGGAGCACUGCUCGGCUGCGCGUUUGGAGCUAAGGCACUGCCCGAGUCAUGGUUGGUUCUGCUACCUCAUCGCACAUGGCUGGAGCAGAUUGCCAGUGAAGCAGCAGCUGCAGCUACUGCGAGCCGCAAGGAGUGA